AUGGGAUAUCAGCUUCCUGCAGGUCACAAAGGGAGCGCUCCCAAGCGCUCCCACCUGGGCUUUGGAGCCUUCCUCUGUCCUUCGGUGGUGGUGGGGAAGCGUCUCAGCCUACAGAGGGCAACUUCAGAACCUCGGUCUGUGCCCUCGGGGGUCCCUGUUCCUUACCGGUGCCCCCCGAGCGCUCCCGGUCCAUCCCGCGCGCUCCCGGUGCCUCCCGAGCGCUCCCGGUGCCCCCCGAGCGCUCCCGGUGCCCCCCGAGCGCUCCCGGUGCCUCCCGAGCGCUCCCGGUGCAUCCCGAGCUCUCCCGGUGCACCCGAGCGCUCCCGGUCCAUCCCGAGCGCUCCCGGUGCAUCCCGAGCGCUCCCGGUCCAUCCCGAGCGCUCCCGGUGCCUCCCGCGCGCUCCCGGUCCAUCCCGAGCGCUCCCGGUGCAUCCCGAGCGCUCCUGGUCCAUCCCGAGCGCUCCCGGUCCAUCCCGCGCGCUCCCGGUCCAUCCCGAGCGCUCCCGGUGCCUCCCGCGCGCUCCCGGUGCCCCCCGAGCGCUCCCGGUGCCUCCCGAGCGCUCCCGGUGCCUCCCGAGCGUUCUCGGUCCAUCCCGAGCGCUCCCGGUGCCUCCCGCGCGCUCCCGGUCCAUCCCGAGCGCUCCCGGUGCAUCCCGAGCGCUCCCGGUGCCCCCCGCGCGCUCCCGGUCCAUCCCGAGCGCUCCCGGUGCAUCCCGAGCGCUCCCGGUCCAUCCCGAGCGCUCCCGGUGCACCCGAGCGCUCCCGGUGCCUCCCGAGCGCUCCCGGUCCAUCCCGAGCUCUCCCGGUGCACCCGAGCGCUCCCGGUGCCCCCCGAGCGCUCCCGGUGCAUCCCGAGCGCUCCCGGUGCCCCCCGCGCGCUCCCGGUGCCCCCCGAGCGCUCCCGGUGCCUCCCGCGCGCUCCCGGUGCCUCCCGCGCGCUCCCGGUCCAUCCCGAGCGCUCCCGGUGCCUCCCGAGCGCUCCCGGUGCAUCCCGAGCGCUCCCGGUCCAUCCCGCGCGCUCCCGGUGCCCCCCCAGCGCUCCCGGUCCAUCCCGAGCGCUCCCGGUACCCCCCGAGCGCUCCCGGUGCGCUCCGGGCCCGGCUGAGCCCAGCGCGCCGAGCUCGGCCCCGGCGGAGCGGGCGGGAGCGGGAGCGGGGCGGGCCCGGCUCCGGCUUCAGUCGCCGGGAAAUUAAAGGGGUGCAGGGGAACAGGGAGCCCCAGGGCGCUCGGAGUUUCUCCGUCCCCGUCUGUGGCUGUGGCUAUUAG